UAAUUACUGACCCUGUGCACGGCCCAAUAGUUUUAAAUCAUCGAUGAUAUUUUUUGGAACCGCAAACCAUCGAUACUAUCGAUCGAUAUUUUUCCACUUCAUAACGUGUUGAUUCCUCUUUAAAAACACUUAAAAAAUCAACAAAAGAUGACGAAGUUCCUAUCGUAUUUCAAUUUAUCAAGAAUCAACGAUUCGAAAGAUUUCCUCGGUAUAUCUCCGGACAUCAUAACAUCGAACAUUAUUGUCACAUUAAGCCGUAACAUUGUUAUUGUGGUGAAGAUUUCAUCACAGCAGCAAGUUUGUAGUUGGUCUACUCAAGAAAAAUUGUCAAAUAAAGUUAUAUAUGACAAUAAUAGUAACCAAUAUAUAGGCAUCUUUGGAAAUCGUUUUAUUCGUUGUUGGAAUGGAUUUACUGCUGAUAUAAACAGUGUUAAAAAAAUAAAGCUACAGAAAUCAGCAGUUGCCAUUGUACCUACAGAAACUGGUGCUAUAAUCCUAUAUGCUGAUGGCGAUUGGGAUAAAUUAUCUGAGGCACUUACUCCACGGAAAGAUUCUUCUGUAUCUACUGUUUUAGACGCCACUCAUUUAAACUACAGUAGUGUUAAAGAUGUCAAUGUAAAAGGUCUAUUUAAUGACACACAAGUCUUAACAUACUUUGUACAAGCGGAAGACAAUAAAAAAAUGCAUCUUGUGGUGUUACCAUUAAAGGUUGGAGGCCAACAAAAUAUUUUAAAAAUUACACGUAAGGACAUGACUGUUGAUUUAUCUGGAUAUGCCAUUGUUGAAGGGGAUAAUAAUUUUAUGCUGUUAACUAUAUGGUCAGACCAAAGGAUGUUUUUGCUAAACCUUGAUGAAAAUGUGGAAUCGGAAAAGUCACCUGGAAACUUUGUAUCAAUCCUUUCCACACUUAAAGUGGAUACUCCUUUAUCAAUUUUAGGAAUAGCGAAAAAUUGUGUAGCUAUUUAUGGAGCUAACAGUAAUCAAGAAGGUGCUUCAUUAAUUCUCUACAACACACAAUUUAAAGUUGCUAAAGCUCAACAAUUCUUCAAAGUAUUUUUUGACUGUUCUCGAAUUUGGAGCAUCGAUGAAAAUAUUAUAAUAGCUAUGGGACAAAAUUUAUCUGUGGUUACAUACCGGAUGUCUCAAGAACUUUUAAUAGAUCUACUAGGAACGUAUAGUGGUGAAAAUAACACAAGAAUGGAAGGUGAUCAUAUAAAUGAGGAGGAUUAUCAUCAAUCAUUUUGUUCAUUUAAAGAAAGUUCAUGUAUCUUCCGAAAAAAGGCUGUUAAUUUCAAAUGCGAUUCCACGGGUAAAGAUUUAAAAGAUCAUUUGAAAAUAUUGGAAAAAUUAGGAGACUAUUCUUGCCUAGGCGAAGAAAAUCAAACUUUUGUAAAAGUUGAUCAUGAAAAGUCAUUUUUAGAUGAUAUCAUCGCUGUAGUCGAAACACCUUUAGAUACACAGCUAAUAAAUAGAACACUUUUUGAAUUCUUCGCUCGCCAAUACGAAAACUGCGGAGCUACUGGACAAGAGAUGUCAGAGAAAUUACUGGUUUUGUUGUCAAAAUUAGAGUGCAGUUCUGAAAAUAUGAUCUUGUUGAGUCGGUUUUCGAGUGCGCCUGAAUCAAUACUUGCUAAAGUUUUUUUUUCCAUGGUGAUCAAAAGUGAUCCGAAAAUUUUAAAACACAAAUACUUUGCAAGAAACAUGCUGACUUCCUGUGGCACUAGAACAUUUCGAAAAACAGAACUAACCGAGCAAUUUCGAAGUGAUUUUGGCUCUUUUGGGCUAUUAUUUCUCCUUGAUUAUUUUUAUGAACUAUUAACCGAACCAUCGCCUAUGGAACCAUUUUGUACUGAAACGAGCUAUUUAAAAUUUGAAAUGCAAAUUAUUCGUUGGCUUGACGGGCUAUUACAUGCGUAUUUUCAACAUUUGGUGCUAUCGAAAGAUGUUCAAGUAAUAAAGACACUUUCGAAAUGGACAAUAUUAAUUUUGGCGUAUAGCAAUCAAAUAAAAAAGCUGGAAGAGCUGUUAUCACUACUGUAUAACCUUGUCCAAAAGGAGCAACUUACGGAGAGUUCAAACGCUUCUAUGUGGUAUUGUAUAGAAGAAUUAAGUUUUUGAAAAACAUAAUAUUAUAUAAGGCAAUAAAAUGAAUUUGGUAAUUUUAGUGUAUUUGAAAUUAGAAUAAAGGUUUGCUAGAGAAAAUAUAAGCAACAAGAAGAAUAACUGGAAUAAAGUACCAAGGUUAGUUUUGAAGCUGAGAAAUAAAUUAACUACGAGAAACAAUAAAGUCC